AUAAAUAGGGAAAGCCAAAGGGACUGUUCUCCCAGCGUUGCUUCGAAAUGUCCGCUCUGCCGGCAAUUCUUGCUCCUACCUGCCUUUCAAUUCGAUCGCCUCGUUUCAAAUUCAAUCUCGUCCGUCCAUCCGCACACUCUAGAUUUUCUCUCCCCAUCCAUCUCCAUCUCCGCACUUCCUUCCUAGGGUUUCCUCCGCAAACUCUCACCCGUUCCGUUCGCCGUCACGUGACAAACGCCGGCCCUCCGUCGCCGGAGCCGGAAGACCCGCUCGGAAAAGACCCGACGACAGGUCUUGAAGCGAACUUGUACAAGAUCCAGGACGGAGUGCAGAUAUUCUUUGCGGUUCUUUUCUGGAUGUCUCUGUUUUUCUGGGCUAGUGCAUGGGAUGGGAGUGAUAGCGGCAGACCAAACAAGGGAUCUCGAUUUAGAAGGUGAUUCAUUAGCAUUUUAAUUGUAAUCUUUCCUCAGGAAGUAGAAUAUAGGUGAGAAAAUUGAAUAUCAUCAUCAUUUAAGCCUUAUUCCAACUAAAUGGGCUUGGUUUGGCUACAUUAAUCCUUUUCCGCCAUUCCACUCUAUCAAGGGCCAUAACUUCUAGACCAUAGGUAAUGAAGUCUUUAUGGCCUACUAUCAGUUUGGAAUGUCAUGUUGUUCAGAUUCAUGUUGGAAGUUUUGGCGUAAGUUUGACACCAGCUCAUAGGUGAGAAUUGAAUAUUCUUUACAUAAAUAGAGCAAGAGAGUUCUGCUGUAUAAGUGGCCUGAGAUGGAUCCUUUUUUCUUUUUUUUGGUUUGUAUUACAUGAUUUUUUAAAAAAAAUUUAAAUCCAAGCUUAUAUUCACAUGCCA